AUGGCUCCCGCCGCAAAACGGAACAACAGUUCCCUUCCCUCAGGAUAUGUCGAGGACAAGUCCAAGGGCCCCAUGUUGAGAUUCCAGGACUCUCUUCCCCGACUGCCUGUACCGACACUCGAGGAGACGGCCGCGCGCUAUGUCAAGACACUACACCCCCUUCUCUCCGAGUCCGAGUUUGCUGCCAGCAAAAAGGCCGUCGAAGAGUUCGUCAAGCCAGGUGGUGUGGGCAGCAGGCUCCAAGAGAAAUUGCUGGCCCGCAGAGAAGACCCUGCCCACCGCAACUGGCUAUACGAGUGGUGGAACGAUGCAGCAUACCUGAGCUACAGAGACCCCGUUGUCCCCUACGUCAGCUACUUCUACUCCCACCGCGAUGACCGUCGGAGGAGGAACCCUGCCAAGAGAGCCGCCGCCAUCACCUCAGCUGUCCUCGAGUUCAAGAAACAGGUCGAUGACGGCACCCUUGAGCCUGAAUACAUGAAGAGAUUGCCCAUCUGCAUGGACAGCUACAAGUGGAUGUUCAACACGAGUCGUGUCGCCGCAAAGCCCGCCGACUACCCCGUCAAGUUCUCCUACAAGGAUCACAAGUACAUCAUUGCCAUCCGCAAGAACCAAAUCUUCAAGAUCCUACACGAGGUCGACGGUAAGCAGCUCAACGCCUCAGAGCUUGAGCAGCAGUUCAACAAGGUCUACGAGUUGGCCCAGAGAGUCCCUGCUGUUGGUGCUCUGACCAGUGAGAACCGCGACGUCUGGGCCGAUGCGCGCGAGAUUCUGCUCAAGGCCAGCCCUAAGAACGCUGCUGCCUUGGAGGCCGUUGAGGCGUCUUCCUUCGUUGUCUGCCUCGACGACGCCGCCCCCGUCACCCUUGAGGAGCGUGCACACCAAUACUGGCACGGUGAUGGCGCGAACCGCUGGUACGACAAGCCGUGCCAGUUCAUCGUCAACGACAACGCUACUUCAGGCUUCAUGGGAGAGCACUCCAUGAUGGAUGGAACCCCUACACAUCGUCUCAACGACUUCAUCAACGACCUCAUUUUCAACAACAAGAUCGACCUCUCCGACCCAUCGAUCCGGUCCAACCUGCCUGACCCUCAGGUUGUCAAGUUUGAAAUCACUAAGGAGGUUCAGGCCGAGAUUGACCGCGCCAGGAAGGACUUUCAUGAUGUUAUCAGCCAGCACGAGCUUGCUGUCCAGGCCUACCAGGGCUACGGCAAGGGUCUGAUCAAAAAGUUCAAGUGCUCACCCGACGCCUAUGUCCAGAUGGUCAUUCAGCUGGCCUACCACAAGAUGUACGGCAAGAAUCGCCCUACGUACGAGUCAGCCGCUACCCGCCGUUUCCAGCAAGGCCGCACCGAGACGUGCAGAACCGUCUCUGACGCCUCUGUUGCUUGGUGCAACGCCAUGGCCGAUCCCAACGUGGAGGACAAGGACAAAGUCAACCUAUUCCGCCAGGCCAUUGACUCUCAUCUCGAGUACAUCACCGCUGCUUCGGAUGGCAAGGGUGUCGAUAGACAUCUGUUUGGCCUAAAGAAACUUCUGGAGCCUGGCCAAGAGCUACCGGCCAUUUACCAAGACCCUGCCUUCACGUACUCGUCCUCCUGGUACCUUUCGUCUUCUCAGCUCAGCUCUGAGUACUUCAACGGAUAUGGGUGGAGCCAGGUCAUUGACGCCGGAUUCGGCAUUGCCUACAUGAUCAACGAAAACAGCAUCAACUUCAACGUUGUCUCCAAGGGUCUGGGCAGCCAGCGCAUGAGCUUUUUCCUGAACGAGGCUGCGGGCGAUAUGCGCGAUCUGCUCAUUCCCACCAUCAAGCCGGCCAAGGCCAAGUUGUAA